UACGAGGACAAAGGUAACGGUGAUGUCAUGGCUUCGGCGGGUCUCCAGCUCCUCGCUUUCGCCCUGGCCUUAUCUGGGGUCUCUGGGGUCCUCACGGCCACUCUGCUGCCCAACUGGAAGGUGAAUGUGGACGCGGGCUCCAACAUCAUCACGGCCAUCGUGCAGCUGCAAGGGCUGUGGAUGGACUGCACGUGGUACAGCACUGGGAUGUUCAGCUGCUCCCUGAAGGACUCCGUCCUGGGCCUCCCCACCCACGUGCAGGCCGCGCGGGCCGCCAUGGUGCUGGCCUGCGUUCUGUCUGCUCUGGGGAUCUGCACUUGCACAGUGGGGAUGAAGUGCACUCGCUUAGGCGGGGACAGGGAAAGCAAGAGUCACACCUGUUUUGCUGGAGGCGUCUGCCUCGUGUCUGCGGGCAUCUCCAGUCUCACACCCACAGUGUGGUACACCAAGGAGAUCAUCGCCAACUUUCUGGAUCUGACGGUUCCAGAAAGCAACAAACAUGAACCCGGAGGAGCGGUCUACAUCGGAUUCAUUUCCGCCAUGCUGCUGUUUAUCUCUGGCCUGAUUUUCUGCACAUCUUGUGUGAAAAAGAGAGCAGAAGCUUUGCUCUACCCAUCCAAGCAGCAACAUAUCCCCAUCUCGCAGCCAGAGGACAAUUCAGCAUACAGCCUGAAGGAUUACGUGUAAACAGCUGUGUGAUGCACAUGGAGUUUUCAGGUGCCUGCCGUGACUUCUGCCUUUCUU